AUGACAGGGAACAUGACAUCGCCAUCAAGCUCCGAUGAGGGCGAGAUUCGAGAUGGAGUAGUGGAGAAGAAGGCAACUACGUCGCUGCGUACAUUCGGUGGCACUUCCGUUGACCGUCAAGACAGAACCCGUUCAAGUACGACUUCUAUUUCACCACGCUCCCCAGAACAAUCACAUAGAUUUAGAGAUCAAAGAAGUCGUUCUCCUUAUUCCGACCGACACUCUCGAGGCUCCAAAAGACCUAGAGAUGAUGACUAUCCAGACCGUAGCAGAAAUGAUCCUAGACGAUUCAAAGUUCAUUACGAAGAUUCCUCCCAAGACUAUAGACGCCAUCCACAAGCUCAAUAUGAGGAUGUAGACAAAGCACCAGCGACAUCCUCUGAACUACUAUAUGACGAUCAUGACCAUCGAGAUAGGCAUUCCAAAAAACGACCCCGAACUAGGAGUCGUUCGCCUUACAGGGCUAAUCGUGAUGGGGAUAGAAAUGGACGAAAUGGACAGGCAAUGAAUAAUGGCGGCCGAUAUGGUAAUUCCGCGGAUAGAAGCAAGCCUUACGGGUAUGGAGGUUCAUACCGAAGUUCAAGAGACCAGUCAGUGAGCAAUCGGGAAAAGGGCCCGCUGCCUACUGAUAACGCGAGACACGAGGCUAAAACUACUCAAGGGCAAUUGCAACAGCAUAGAAAUCAGAGUAAUGGAAGUGAAAUGGAAACAUAUACCCCUACCGAAGAGGCUUCUGCCGAAGCUCCGGAAGAGGAGCAGGUUGAUGAAGCUACCCUCAUAGAACAGAGACGUAAACGUCGCGAGGCCAUAAAAGCUAAGUAUAGAGGUCUCGGCACACCCUUAUUGGUACAAGCUUUGCACUUAGGCGUCAAGUCCGGAGCGUCCACUCCAGCACAAGGUGAAGAUGAUAGUCCUUCGGGUCCAACUGGUAAGCAAAUUACGCUGAAUUACAAAGCUCUUUCUAAUUCUUCAACUUCAGCAUCUUCCGAGGUCUCAACUCCCGCAACCCCAAUGGAACCAGGAUCUCCUUCCGCUUUCGCAAUUACAAACGACCAGGAUCUAGCAAACUCGCAUGGAAAUUCAACCGCAGGUGAAGAGGAUGGUCCUUCAGCCGCAGAUUAUGACCCGACCAUGGAUAUGAGAGAAGAUAGAAAACGCGACGAUCAGCGAUUUACCGAUGAAGUAAUAUCCGGGGCAUACCACGAAACGAAGCCGGCAUCCGAACAAGAUGUUCUCCUUCCUGCCGAAGUUGCGACCGUUGAAGUUAAGGCUGUGAAACCUAAGGACGAAUUUGAUAUGUUUGCAGAGGACGACGAUGACGAUAUGUUUGCCGAAGGUUCGGUUUCAGGUGAUAAGCCCCAAGGUGUUACGAAUGGUGAUGUUGCUAGAGCGGUACCUAUUCCACAAGCUAAGGAACUCGACAUUGGCAUGCUCGAUAAUUGGGACGAUCUUGAGGGUUACUACAAAAUCAUCCUCGGAGAGCUUCUGAAUGGUAGGUAUCAUGUCCAAGCAAAUCUUGGAAAAGGUAUGUUCUCGGGUGUGGUUCGAGCUAUGGAUAUCACUACACAAAAGCUGGUUGCAAUCAAGCUUAUCAGGAAUAACGAGAUUAUGAAGAAAGCUGGAAUGAAAGAGAUUGAAAUUUUGCAGAAGAUCAAAGAUUCAGAUCCUGAGGAUAAGAAACACUUGAUAAGAUUGGAGCGAUAUUUUGAGCACAAGGGCCAUCUUUGUAUGGUCUUUGAACAUUUAAGCAUCAACUUGCGUGAAGUUCUAAAGAAAUUCGGAAACAACAUUGGUAUCAAUCUCAGAGCUGUUCGAGCUUAUGCUCAGCAAAUGUUCCUCGGACUCGGCUUAAUGAAGAAGUGCAAUAUCUUGCACGCUGAUUUGAAGCCUGAUAAUAUUCUAGUCAAUGAGACGCGCAACAUGCUCAAGAUUUGUGACUUGGGGUCAGCUUCUGAUGCAACUGAUAAUGAGAUCACGCCAUAUCUUGUCUCUCGUUUCUAUCGUGCACCGGAAAUUAUUCUCGGUAUGAAGUAUGACUUCGCUAUCGAUAUUUGGUCUAUAGGAUGUACCCUCUACGAGUUGUAUACUGGUAAAAUCCUUUUUGCUGGUCGAUCCAAUAACCAAAUGUUACGCUCCAUCAUGGAUUGUCGCGGAAAAUUCUCAGUCAAGAUGUUGAAAAAAGCUGAUUACGCAGGUGUUCAUUUCGAUGACAUGUUGAAUUUCAGGAGUGUUGAGCCGGACAAAUUGACUGGCAAAGAUGUCGUUAAGACGAUGGCAUUUGCAAAGCCAAGCAGAGAUCUUCGUACUCGUCUAAUCUCGGCGUCGAAGGGUCUGACAGAGGUGGAGCAAAAGGAUUUGACUUUGUUUGCGGACCUACUGGAGAGAUGCUUGGCGCUCAAUCCAGAGAAAAGAAUCACACCUACAGAAGCCUUGAAGCAUCCUUUCAUUUACUGGUAUCAGGUGAUUGCAUGCAUCAUUCAAUUUGGGUCCGCAUAUCGCUGGUUGUUGAUUAUAUUAGCAUUAGCAUUAGCAUUAGCAUUAGCAUUAGCAUUAGCAUUAGCAUUAGCAUUAGCAUUUGCAUUUGCCUUAGCAUAA